AUGGAUGCUAUCAAGGCCACAUUCGCCAAGUGCAAGGAGCAAAGACGGGCCGCCCUUGUCGCUUACAUCACUGCUGGAUACCCAACUGUUGAGGAGGCAGUUGAUAUUCUGCUCGGCUUAGAGAAUGGUGGUGCUGACAUUAUCGAGCUCGGAAUUCCCUUCACCGACCCAAUUGCUGAUGGCCCGACUAUCCAGAAGGCCAACACCCAGGCCCUUGAAAAUGGCGUGACUGUCACAACUGUCCUCGAACUCGUGCGCACUGCCCGCCGUCGUGGCCUCAAGGCCCCAAUCAUGCUGAUGGGCUACUACAACCCGGUUUUGCGUUAUGGAGAUGAUCGCAUGCUGAAGGACUGCAAGGAGGCUGGUGUCAACGGUUUCAUCAUGGUCGAUCUGCCCCCAGAGGAGGCUGUCCGCUUCCGUGACCUGUGUACUAGCACUGGUCUCUCAUAUGUCCCCUUGAUUGCCCCAUCCACCUCCGACUCUCGUAUGAAGCUCCUGUGCAAGAUUGCCGACUCAUUUAUCUACGUCGUCUCUCGCAUGGGUGUCACUGGCGCCACUGGCAAGCUGAGCGCCAACCUCCCCGAACUCUUGGGUCGCGUGCACGAAUACUCCGGCAAUGUCCCCGCCGCUCUCGGAUUCGGUGUCAGCACCCGUCAGCACUUCCUUGAUGUUCAGGAUGUUGCUGAGGGUGUCGUCAUUGGCAGCCAGAUCAUUACCGUUGUUGGCCAGGCCGCUCCUGGUCAGGCCGCCAAGGCCGCCGAGGAAUACCUCUCCAGCAUCACUGGCCGCAAGCGUGAGCGUGACGUCCAGGGUACUCUUACCCAUGAGGUGAACAUUGUUGAGGCCAUCCAGAAGGCCCUUCCUAAUGCCGAGGCCCAGCCUACCAAGGUUAUCACCGAGGCUGACACCCCAGCUGGCCCUGGCUUGGGAGACCAAAUUGAGGCUUUGAACGUCACUAAGGACCCACACGCCUUGCCUGCCCGCUUUGGCGAGUUCGGAGGCCAGUACGUUCCCGAGUCUCUUAUGGACUGCCUCGCCCAGCUUGAGGAGGGAUUCAACGAGGCUCUUAACGACCCUAAGUUCUGGGAAGAGUACCGUUCUUACUACCCCUACAUGAGCCGCCCCAGCAGUCUCCACCUUGCUGAUCGUCUCACUGAGCAUGUCGGCGGUGCCAACAUUUGGCUGAAGCGUGAGGAUCUCAACCACACUGGUAGUCACAAGAUCAACAACGCCAUCGGCCAAAUUCUCAUUGCUAGGCGCCUGGGCAAGACUCGCAUCAUUGCCGAGACUGGUGCUGGUCAGCACGGUGUUGCUACCGCCACUGUUUGUGCCAAGUUUAACAUGAAGUGUGUUGUCUACAUGGGUGCCGAGGAUGUUCGCCGCCAGGCUCUCAAUGUUUUCCGCAUGAAGCUUCUCGGUGCUGAAGUUGUCGCUGUUGAUGCUGGCAGCCGCACUCUCCGCGAUGCUGUCAACGAGGCUCUACGUGCCUGGGUUGUUGAUCUUGACACUACUCACUACAUCAUUGGCUCUGCUAUUGGUCCCCACCCAUUCCCCCUGAUUGUCCGUACAUUCCAGUCUGUGAUUGGUGACGAGACUAAGAAGCAGUUGCAAGAGGCCAUCGGAAAGCUUCCCGAUGCCGUGGUUGCCUGUGUUGGCGGUGGCAGUAACGCCGUCGGCAUGUUCUACCCCUUCUCUAAGGACCCUACUGUCCAACUGGUUGGUGUUGAGGCUGGUGGUGACGGUGUUGAUACCGCCCGCCACUCCGCCACUCUGUCCGGUGGAUCUAAGGGUGUUCUCCACGGUGUCCGUACCUACGUUCUGCAAAACGAGCAUGGUCAGAUCGCCGAGACCCACUCGAUCUCUGCUGGUCUCGAUUACCCCGGUGUUGGCCCCGAGCUGAGCGCUUGGAAAGACUCCAACCGUGCUACCUACAUCUCUGCCGACGAUGCCCAAGCCCUGCAUGGUUUCCGUACACUUUCUCAGACUGAGGGUAUCAUCCCUGCUCUUGAGUCAUCUCACGCCGUCUACGGUGCGAUUGAGCUGGCCAAGACCAUGGGUAAGGGCAAGGACAUCGUUCUGAACCUCAGCGGUCGCGGUGACAAGGAUGUCCAGAGCGUCGCCGAUGAGCUUCCCCGACUGGGCCCCAAGAUUGGCUGGGAUCUGCGGUUCUAA